CACAGUGUUACCCAGGAGGUCUCUUUACUCUCUUUUUCUCUUGAGAAUUUAAUGGAUUCCGAGAUUACAACUGUGUAGAGUUCCCGGCAAAAUCAAAUAGAAAACCUGAGCUAGGGUUUAGGCUUUUCUUUGUUCAAUCGAAAAUGUCUCGUUCUGGUAAAUUGACGCCGAAUCUCGAUAAGCAAAGCACGAAAAUGCUUAAUCUCACUGUGCUACAGAGAGUCGAUCCCUUCAUAGAAGAGAUUCUGAUGACGGCAGCACAUGUGACGUUCUAUGAGUUCAACAUUGAGAGUAAUCAAUGGAGUCGCAAGGACGUUGAAGGAUCUCUGUUUGUUGUUAAGAGGAAUUCUCAACCUAGAUUCCAGUUCAUAGUAAUGAAUCGACGGAACACAGAUAAUUUAGUGGAGGAUCUACUAGGGGACUUUGAGUAUGAAGUUCAAGUUCCAUAUUUGUUAUACCGAAACGCAGCUCAAGAAGUAAAUGGGAUUUGGUUUUACCAUGCACAUGAAUGUGAGGAUGUUGCAAAUCUCUUUAGUAGGAUACUUAAUGCAUACUUAAAAGUUCCUUCAAAGCCAAAGGUUUCUUCGAGCAAAAGUGAAUUUGAGGAACUUGAAGCAAUUCCAAGUAUGUCCGUAAUGGAAGGUCCUCUUGAGCCAUCCUCAACUAAACCUGCUGCAACCAGUACCCCUGAAGAUUCUUCCUUUGUAAACUUCUUUGCAGCUGCUGUAACUGUUGGAAGUAAUACUCUGCCUGCAGUAAAUUCAAGACAGCUCUAUCAUUCAUCUGCUACCAUUCCAUCAUCUUCUCAUGUACCAGUUAAUCCUGUUCUUGCAGCAUCUCCGCAAAUGUCAUCUGCUCCUCUCUCUGUUGCUUUUACUCCAACAAUUCUCCAUGAAACUCUUGAUCCUAUUAAAAGUAGCAGUCAUGUCACCAAUCUUGUGAAGCCAUCCUUCUUUGCACCACCCUCUUCUUCACCCUCUUUGGUGAUGCCGCCUCUUUUGUCACCAACGCCAACUGCUGUUGCUCUCCGUUCUCCCUUGAAUGCCCAACGUCCACGUGGCACUCCAUUGCUUCAGCCCUUUCCGCCACCCAAUCCACCUUCAUCUCUUACUCCUAUUUCCACUCCUACUUCAAAUGAUGGAUUUGUUAUUAACAAAGACAAAAUUCGUGAUGCACUUCUAAUGCUUGCUCGGGAUGAGCAAUUCAUUGACAUGUUCUACCAAGCGAUGCAGAAGGUGCACCACGCAUGAGUUCUCCCUAUAGAGGAUUUGUAGCUGGUUCUCUUUGGUGCAUUUAAGAGCUUGCUGAAUGCUUGUCGGAUGUCUUCUGUAUAUAGUUCCUCUGCUGUACAUGUCAAACGCGGGGGUAACUUAGAAGAACUUGGACCAAAUUAGGUUAAAAGCACAGUUGAUCUCUUCUCAGAAAAACCAACAGUUGCAUCUUCUUUUUUUCAUUUUCAAAACUAGAGCGGUCCAAAAAAGUUAUAUAGGGUUGUUCUCUCUUGGUAUAGGAUAAUUUCCAGUGAAAUGUUUCUAUGUUGCAUUGACAUGCGAAAAGAUAACAUCGAUGGAAAUGGAAUGGGCCAAUGCGGCAUAACUUUAGGAAAGUUCUCUUUGCUUCUCGUUUGGUAGUAUAAUUAUGGUGUUAUUCUUUGGAAA